AUGAGUAUCAAGUUAAAUUCGGGAUAUGAAAUGCCAUUAGUUGGUUUUGGAUGUUGGAAAUUAGAUGAAUCAAAAGCAAGUGAAGUAGUUUUAGAUGCAAUUGAAUCAGGUUAUAAAUUAUUUGAUGGUGCUCAAGAUUAUGGAAAUUGUAAGCAAAUUGGAGAAGCCUUGAAAAAAUCACCAGUACCAAGAGAAAAACUAUUUAUUACUUCAAAAUUAUGGAAUUCUUAUCAUGAUCCAAAACAUGUUGAAGAAGCUUGUGAUAAAGUCUUGAGUGAUUUAGGUUUAGAUUAUUUAGAUUUAUGGUUGAUUCAUUUUCCAAUUGCUCAAAAAUUUAUACCUUUUGAUAAAAAAUAUCCACCUGGUUUCACAUGUUCUUUAGAGGAUGAUAAAUUUCAUUUUGAAGAUAUACCAUUAGCUGAAACUUGGAAAGCUAUGAAAUCAUUAGCUAAAAAAGGUAAAGUUAAAUCAAUCGGUAUAUCGAAUUUUUCAGGUGCUUUAAUUCAAGAUUUAUUAAGAGGUUGUGAAAUUAAACCAGCUGUAUUACAAAUUGAACAUCAUGCAUAUUUACAACAACCAAGAUUAAUUGAGUAUGUUCAACUGCAAGGUAUUGCUAUAACUGCUUAUUCUUCAUUUGGACCUCAAUCAUUUUUAGAACUCAAGAGUAAAAAAGCUUUGGAUACUCCAACAUUAUUUGCACAUGAUACUAUUAAAACAAUAGCAUCAAAACAUGAUAAAUCACCAGCUCAAAUUUUAUUAAGGUGGACAACUCAAAGAAAUAUUGCAGUCAUACCUAAAUCAAACAACAAGAAGAGAAUGAUUGAAAAUUUAAAAGUUACUGAUUUCGAUUUAUCAGAAGAAGAAAUGAAAGAAAUUUCAAAAUUAGAUAAAGAGUUAAGAUUUAACGAUCCAUGGGAUUGGGAUAAAAUUCCAAUUUUUAUUUAA